GCGCCGGAGGUCCGCACAUGCGCAGUGCUCCGGGGCACGGGAACAGAGUGACCCAGAGUGUCCAGACCGCGCCGCGAUGCUGGGCAGGUUUCUGGGCCCGCGCUACCGGGAAUUGGCCAAGAACUGGGUCCCCACAGCCAGCAUGUGGGGUGCCGUGGGUGCCGUGGGGCUCGUGUGGGCCACAGACUGGCGGCUGAUUCUGGACUGGGUGCCUUACAUCAAUGGCAAGUUUAAGAAGAAUGAUUAGGCAACCCCUCGCCACACACAGGAUCUCCCUGGUGCCACAUCCCGCUGCCUCAGAAACAGCCUAGCCUAGUGGAGGAUGCUGAGGAAGCCGGACACUGAGGAAGCCCGCAUCGUCCUGGGGGAGCCUCUGCAUUGAUGGACACUUGGGCUGCCUUGAUGGGUUUAGCAUUAAACCUUGUUCUUACACCUCUGA